UCUGUUCCCGCGGGCGCAACACUGUGCGUGUGAGCUAACAGGCUAGCCGAGGCUAACGGCGGGGCGUGUCCUGAACGCGCGUCUAGUGCACUAGGUAGUGUUUAGGGUUGUUUAGGUUGUAGUGCUGUGUAUAGUGUGAGUAGUGAACCUACACCUCGAGCACAACUGUGUUUGUGUGUCAGCUGGAGUUUAAACCCCGGGUUUCAUCCUCAGUAACACUGGCGUUCAGCAGAGCAGCGCAAACCUCGCUCUGACGGGAGUUCUCCGGAGCUCUGGCUGUUGGACUGUGUGAGAGAGAACUGACUGUAGGAUGCGGAUUGUGUCUAACACAGAGUCUCUAUCAGGCAUGCAGUGAGACGGGGGGAGAGAGAGAGACAGUGGAAACCUCGUCCCUGUUCAUGGAUGUCAGAGCAGAACCACACAAACUCGUACGAAGAUGGAGAAUGGAAAUGCAGAGAUCACCACCAACACGCGGGCGGAUGGAGUCGGAGAGACGGGUGCAGUGAAAUCAGGAGAAACGCACGCUGAGGAGAACAUCCCUAAUGGUCACGUGGGUCGAGUCGAGCCGUUGGAGAACGGAGAGGUUCAGGGAGAGACAGGAAACAGCAGCUCCUCCCCUGUGUCACUUCCUGCCUCACUUCCUGUGUCACUUCCUGGUGCAGGUGUGACUUCUUUCCCUGACAGCGUAGAGAAACCUGAGGGCUCGGCACUGCAGUCGCUCAGACUAAGUAUCCCAAUGCAGGAGACGGAACUGUCGAGAGAGCCAUCUCUGGAGAUGGAGAAUGAGGAGAAGAUCCGUCUGGAGGCUCGGCGGCGUCUGGAGGAGCAGCUGAAGCAGUACCGUGUUCAGAGACACCGGGAGAGGUCACAUCAUCGUUCGUCCCCUAAGUCUCGUCCCUGCAGUACCCUCGACCCAGAGCUCAUGCUGCACCCGGACAUCUUGCCCCGUGCCUCCACCGUUGCCAUGACGACAGAGUACUCAUUCCUGCGCACCAGCGUUCCCCGCGGACCCAAACUGGGCAGCCUGGGCAUCCCGGCUCCCAAAGACAGGAAGUCCAAAUCGUCACGAUCUGGAAAGAUCCACUCACUUGCUGACUACAAAACGCCGGAUAUCGCCGGAGAGAAACCCUCACUGUCCGGCAUCUCUGUCUCCGGAGUUUCUGAGAUGAGCAUGAGCUCAGUUUCCACGCUUUCCGAGAUCAGCACGAGCUCCGCCUCCACGCUGUCGGAAACCAACGUCCCGAGCUCCGAAAAUGACGGGAACAAUGGAGCGAUAGAGCUAACGUUAGCGGCAAGUGGGUCUACAGCUGAGGAAGUGGUCGUGGGGCGGUACCCUUCUCUGAGGGAGGUGCUGCAAGCAGCCAAUGAGGAGCUGGUGCUGGAGAAGGAAGGCAGGGCCAACGAGGAGCUGGAGAGUGAGGGCGGGGCCGAGUCACACAGCCGCAGGGACAGCUUCUCCAGCACUGUGUCGUAUGGGAGCUCAGUGAUGGGGAAUCAUGAUGAGCUGCUGCAGGUGUUGAAGGAGAAGAUGAGACUGGAGGGACAGCUGGAGUCUCUGUCCUCCGAGGCCAGUCAGGCUCUGAAGGAGAAGACGGAGCUGCAGGCGGAGUUAGCGGCGCUGGACGCUCGUUUGCAAGCUCAGUGUGAGGAGAACCGUCGGAGUUCUGAGCGUCAGGCGUCCCUGGCGUCUGAGGUGUCGUCCUUGCGCUCGGAGAGGGGCGGGCUGGAGCGAGCCAUGGCGGAGCUGCAGGGUCAGCUGGAGGAGAAGAACACCGGCCUGGAGUCGCUCUCCAAAGACCUGCAGCUCGCCGAGCAGCAGUACCAGAGACUCACAGGGAGGGUGGAGGACCUGCAGCAGAGCCUGAGCUCCAGAGACACCACAGUGAAUGAGUUACGUCAGCAGCUGGCCGGACUACACGCACAGCUGCAGCACGUGGAGACCGAACGCAGUGCUCUGAACUCUCGGCUGCAGACAUCGCAGGCAGAGGUGCAGUCGCUGCAGCAGCUGCGCAGUUGGUACCAGCAACAGCUCGCCAUCGCGCAGGAGGCCCGGGUCCGGCUGCAGAAUCAAAUGGCCAGCAUGCAGGCAGGUCACAUGACUCAGACCGGCGUGUUGGAGAACCUGAAGAUCGAGAAUGUCAGUCUGUCUCACCAGCUCAAUGAGACCAAACACCGCUCCAUUAAAGAGAAGGAGCGCAUCGCUGUCCAGCUGCAGAGCAUCGAGGCGGACAUGUUGACUCAGGAAGCAGCCAUCCAGCAGAUUCAUGAUGCAAAGUCGAUGGUGGAGAAGGACCUGCAGCAGAAACUGGAGGAGUUUGAGGAGGAGCGAGAGCAGCUGCUGAGAGCGGCCAGUAAAACUGCAGCUAUCGAGAGGGAGCUAGAAGAGGUGAGAGUGUCUCUGUCCCAGAAGGAAGCUCAGCUCUCAGCAUUCCAGCGUGAACACGUGGAUCUGAUGAAGAAGCUGACGGAGACUCAGGACGCUCUGCAGAGUAAAGAGCAGGCGCUGCAGUUGAUGGAGGCGCGCUACGAGCAGCUGCAGGCCGAGCUGGGCGAGCUGCAGUCCGACUCCUCCACCCGUGACGAAGAGCUGCACUCCCUGCGCAAUGAGAAGAUCGUCCUGGAAGUGGCGCUGCAGGCGGCGCGCACCGAGAAGAGCCAGCUGGGCGACGGGGCGGAGAAACUCGGACAGGAAGUGCUGGACUCAUCUGAUGUGGUUGAGAAGCUCAGACAGGAAGUGCAGGUCCAGGCCACACAGAUCGAGUCCUUACAGCAGGAGAACGUCUCUCUGAAGAAACAAGCGCAGAAACUGAAGGAGCAGUUCCUCCAGCAGAAGGUGAUGGUGGAGGCGUACAGGCGAGAUGCGACCUCAAAGGAGCAGCUGAUCUCAGAACUGAAGGCGACUAAAAAACGUCUGCUUUCGGAGGUGAAGGAGCUGAAGGAGGAGGUGCAGCGGGCAGAACAGGAGAAGAGGAGUGCUGAGCUGGAGCAGCAGCGCCUCCUGCAGGAGGUCCAGAGAGUGCAGCAGCAGAUGAGCAGCCUGGAGGAACAUCUGCAGGAGGUGCAGAGCGAGAGAGAACAGCUCGACACACAGCUCCAGUCUGUGCAGUUUGACCAGAAUCAGCUUUCUGCAGUCACAGAGGAGAAUGAGGUCCUGAGGAAGAAGGUGGAGGAGAUGCAGGAUGAGGCGAAGAAGGCGAUUUCGGAGCAGAAGGUGAGGAUGAAGAGGUUGGGGACGGAUUUGACGAGCGCGCAGAAGGAGCUAAAGGUGAAACACAAGGCGUACGAGAACGCGGUGAGCAUCCUGAGCCGACGCCUCCAGGAAGCGCUGGUGGAGAAGGAGACGGCUGAGGCGGAGCUAGUGAAACUCAAGGCGCAGGUGGACGAGGGCGGGAACAGCCAGGCUCUGCAGGCGAAGGUGGAGUCCCUGCAGGCGGAGCUGAACACCGUGCUGCAGAGUAAAGCCCUGCUGGAGAAGGAGCUGCAGGAAGUCAUCAGUCUGACCAGCGCCGAGCUCGAGGAGUAUCAGGAGAAGGUGCUGGAGCUGGAGGACGAGCUGCAGGAGUCGCGCGGCUUUAAGAAGCGAAUCCGCCGCUUGGAAGAGGCUAACAAGAAGCUCGCGCUGGAGCUGGAGCAUGAGAAAGGCAAGCUGACCGGACUCGGGCAAUCCCACAAUGCACUGCGGGAGCACGCUAACGUCCUCGAGGCUGCGCUAGCCAAGAGAGAGGCGGACCUGGUCCAACUCAACCUGCAGGUUCAGGCCGUGCUGAAGAGGAAGGAGGAGGAAGACCAGCAGAUGAGGAACCUGGUCCAGACGCUGCAGGCUGCUCUCGAAAAGGAGAAGAUCAAAGUGAAAGAGCUGACCGAGCAGGUGGCUGAGGCGAGGCUGGAGGCGGCUCAUAACCGUAGGCAUUACCGAGCGGCCGUGCUGGAGCUCAGUGAGGUCAGGAAGGAGCUUCAGGCCAAAGAGGAGGUGCUGAGAGCACUGCAGGAGGAGGCCAGGAGACUCGAAGCCCAGGAUGCUCGGCGCUCUCAGGAUGUGUCCCGCUUCGAGACAGAGUUGGCCGAGGCACACGCACAGCUGCAGAUCUUGCAGAAACAGCUGGAUGACAAGCUCAACAAGCAGCCGCUCACUAACCAGGAGGUGGAGGAUCUGAAGUGGGAGGUGGAGCAGAAGCAGCGGGAGCUUGAUGCACAGCGCCAACAACUAGAACUCAAUGAGAAGUGCAACCAGAAAGAGCUGGACACCAUGCAGGAGACAUUACAGAGGGUGAGGGUGGAGCUGGAGAUGGUGCAGGAGGAACUGAAUGGCACCAGGAAGGAUAAGUUUGUGCUGCAGGCGAAAGUGGGCGAGCUGAGGAACAGCAUGAAGAGCCUGCUGCAGCAGAACACACAGCUCAAGCAGGAGCUCAAACACACACGCACACGCAAGCAGCAGAUGGAGGUAAAGUGUGACUCCGCCCCUUUGACUCCAGUGAAAAUUCCAGAUUGCCCGGUUCCUGCGUCGCUAUUGGACGAGCUGCUGAAGCCGGCCGCCUCCGUCAACAAGGAGCCGCUCAACAACCUGCACAACUGCUUACGACAGCUCAAGGAGGAGAUGGACAGCCUUCAGAAGCAGAUGGAGGAGCACACGGUCACCGUGGCGACGUGGGUCACGGCAGAGGAGGAGCUUCAGAGACUCGGUAUCCACGACAAUGGAAGCUCGUCCAAUAAGGAAGAGGAAACGCAGCAGCCUGAAGAGAUGGCGUCUUCGUAAACAGUCCCGUCUGCGUGUCAGUGAGGGGCUGUGUUUUAUCCUGAUGUGCACUUUUUAAGGACAUGUUUUAUUUUCCUUUAUCAGAUGCCUGUAUUUGGUCGUGUCCCAUCUUUUUUUGGACCUAAUGCUUUAUUUGUUUUGUCUUGUGUUUUUCUUUUAUUUAUGUGAUGGAAAGUUUGGAGGACUGUUGCUAGAAUUCACCAAAAAUCAUGGAGGGUCACGAGGACACGUCAGAAUUAGUGUUGUCUCUGGGACUAGGCUGCUUAAGUAGGGGACACAGUCUCUGUGCUCUGCCUUGUCUUUUUUGGACAGAACAUCUGCUUGGGUAUGAUGUAAUGAUCUCGUAAACCGUGGUGAGUUAAUGUGACCUAUUACACACACCUCGGUUCUGAUCCGAUAGAUGGACCGUAGGAUGUUGGUUUUAUUGUUUUGGUGUUGAGACGAUCCGCAUAGCAGAGCUUUCCACACCUUCUGAUUCCGAAUCCGAGUGAAAUUGAUUCUUUUGAAUCAUUUGCUCGGUGGUGGUUCUAUUUCACACUGCACGUAUUUACAUAUCUAAAUUACAUAUGAACCAAAAGGUGUGUGUGUGUGUGUGUGUGGUGGGGGGGCUGAAAACAUCUUCGUAAAAACUGUCAGUGGGAGGAAAAAAGUUCUAAACCCUUUACCUGUGAAGUGUGUGUAGAAAUCACAGAAGUGUUGUAAAUCCAGAGAACAGCGCUCAGUAAGUUGUUGUUUAUUAUUAUUAUUAUUAUUAUUAUUAUUGGUGCAAAUAUGAAGUUUGUGUCCCGUGGCUCGCCAGAAAUCUACAACCCAGAACAUGGCACGUUCAGUUCACUCUCUGCAGUGAGUCGAUUCGGAGUCGGCUCACUCAAGUUGACCUGGAAAUGGGCCGAGACCAUCAGGUGGAGUAACCCUGUCUCCAUCUCGCUGGAGGCUCACAGGGUGCACACCAUUUGGUCAGUAAUAUAACAUGGAAGUUCAUGGACACCAAAACCACGUGUGUGUUUAUAUACGUGCAUAAAAUGGUUCUAUACACGGUGUAAAGGUGUGAGAGCUGAACGCUCAAGAAUCGUUCACUCCGUGGGGUGUGUGUGUUUUUGCUCUGUUCUCUGCAGGCGGUCUUGUUUUGUCCUGAACGAAAAGCUGACCUAACCCUUGUGUGUGUGUGUGUGUGUGUGUGUGUGUGAGAGUUCACCCCAGUGUGAGUGUUAGAAUGGAUCAGGAAUUAAAGGGCUGUAAAUUGCUCAACAACACAUCAAAGCACUGUUUCCAUGACGCCGGGAGCUUGAUAACGAAGAUGAAUCGUGGCAUGGAGACCCGGUGUCUUUGUGAACAUCUGACUGUGAGAGGACAGGGUUUAUUCUGACACUUUUUUUUUUUUUUUUAAUUUUGGUUUAUCAGACGCCCAUAUUUGGUCAUGUCCUGUAUGUGUCGAUCAGGAAUUAAAGGGCUGUAAAUUGCUGAGUAAAGAGCAAAAGCGCUGGUUCCCAUUUAAAAAAAUAUAUAUAUAUCCUUCCUUCCCUCUGUAGUAGUUUCAAACUCCCUCUGAAGCCCCGCCCUCAGGGAAAGUCACCUCAGCGAUGCUCUCAUCACAACACUGUGCUGCAGUUACAGGGUCGCGCCUCGUAUCAUUAACAUAACUGUUCAAAUAAACAUAGUAGAUGGGUACGUUUAGAUAGUUCCCUUCCCUUCUGUUCUUCCUUCCUUUCAGUUCGGUGUGUGCCGAUUAUGAGUUCCGCAGUGUACUGUGAUAAUUAAUUAAAACACGGUUCUGAAGCUACCAUGUGAUGGAGAGGCGCUCCUAACCCUGUCCUGGUCCGUUUCUUCUUUUCAUCAUCCAUUCCCCUGACAUUGCUGUAAACCAUAACGAGACGCUGAAUUGCUGCCCCGCCCCUCUCCGGUCGCGCCGUUCUCAGGACAGCGGUUUGGAAAUGCUUUUCUCGGUCCUGCUCUAAAUCUGAGUGAUGUUUAAAUGAGUGUGAAAUAGUUGCUGUCUGUGCACGGUGGCGUGUAAUGUAAUUUAUGAUGUAUAUAAAAUAGGAGCUGUACAGAGAGACGGUGAUGUUGCACAACUGACAGCUGGAUGAUGAUGAUGAUGAUGUGCUGCUUAGCUGUUGCAUUUUUCCUCUCCUUUUGUUGUUUUGACCAGUGCUGUUUUUCUUUCUCACUGUCGAGUGCACGAGAUGAGACAAACGCAGACACGUGUGUGUGUGUGUGUGUGUGUGUGUGUGUGUGAUGCACAUAAUAUCCAGCUUUGACAUUUACACAUUAACGUGUGAGAUAAAUAUAAUAAUAAUAAAAAAAACCCAAGCGCUUUAAAGUCAGCAUGUGCUGAGAACCUCGUCAUCAAGAUCGUGUCUCCUGGUUUCAUGGGGAUGGAGGUCAGAAUCUUUCCCGUUCCCACUUUAUCCCAUUCAGGAGGAGCGGAGCAUGCGUACUUCUCAGAAAGAGCAAUCCCAUAAUGCACUUCACUGACAUGUAAACAUGUUUACCCAAUUAAAGUCAGUGUUAUGCAGCAGACACUGAUGUCACUGACAUGGUCACAGUUUCUGUUGCCUUUAUGGAAUGAGUCUCCAGUGUCAGCUGUUUACCGCUCUGCUAGAACAUGAGCAGUUCCACAACACUAGAUGUACAUCGUUCUGUAUCUAAUAGAAGUUGGUCAGAGGAAUAACACACUCCGUGGUGUGCCGUUACAGGAAAAUAAUCCGUCAGCGUCACAGUGUUGGUGAUUCCGCUUCAUCGCACCGCACCGUUGUUGAUGAUUUUCCUGGAACAGCACCACACACGGGCUUGAAUUCCUUCAGUUAUAACAAGCAUGAUGCUGAUGAACUGGGUGUGUGUAUCAGCACAGGUCCAGUUUAAAGCUGCAGCGGCACUUUAAGGCUUCAGACUGUAAAUUAUUAUUAUUAUUAUUAUUAAGCUUGAAAAAGAUGAUCAACUUCCAGUCUUCUUAUUUCUGCACGUUUUAGUGUUUGUGGUUUUGUUUGUUUUAACGCGCCUCCUGCAGUGUGUUACAGCAGGAAUGCAGUACUGUACGCCGUGGCGUUUUGACUCGGAGGGAUGACACCGAAACCGCAUGUCUUCACCGACUCGUAUCUGAGAUACGAUGAGUCGAAUCCCAGAGGUUGUUGAUUCCUGGCUGAAAAUCCUCUCCGGUGUGGGUGGAAGUGCGCUUCGUUUAACUUGCGAAAUGUUGCUUCACUGUUUUUUGUUUUAAUUUUGCAAGAAAACAAGCACAAUGAUGUCAUGUGUCGAAGAAAUCAGUAACUUUCUGUUUAGUCUGUAUUGUUAGUUUAUUUUGAAAUGUGUAAAUGACAGUUGGUGUGUCUUGGGGUAUUGCAUCUCUUCUCUCCCCCCCCCCCCCCCCCCCCCUCUUUAUUUUUAUUUUUUAAACCCUCUCUGUCACAGCUGAUUAAGUCCUGGACUGAAUACAUUUGUGAAACGCA